UAUAUGCAUGCUCCUCUAGACAGGAGACACGUACGUUUGCUGCCGCCUCAUUUUGACACUUGAACGUUUCUCACUGACCGAUCGAUCAGCUUCUACUACUUCGAAGCUACGUCGCCCACCUUGGCAUCGACACGAUCGAUCAUGGAGCACUCCGCUUCUGCCCCGACGACGACCUCUUCCUCCUCGCCGCAGCGCGGUGGUGGCCGAGAGCUGCAGCUGCAGGGCCCGCGCCCCACGCCGCUGAGGGUGCACAAGGACUCGCACAGGAUCAGGAAGCCUACGGCGCAGGUGCGGCAGCCGGUCAUCAUCUACACGGUGUCGCCCAAGGUCGUGCACGCCCACCCCGCCGAGUUCAUGUCCGUCGUGCAGCGCCUCACCGGCGCCUCCUCCUCGUCGUCUCUCCCGCCGCCACCACCACAGCAACAGCCGCCGUUCCCGUUCUUCCCGCACCAGCUGUCGUCCUCCAUGCUCCCGCCGGCGCUGCCGUUCCCGUUCCACGUCCAAGCAGCUGCUGCGACUUCUGCUGCAGCACAGCAACCGCAGGAGGGCGCGCUGCUCCAGCUACAGCACUCACCCGCCGCGCGCCUCGCCGCCAUGGAGCAGGCGUCGGCGCAGCCGGCCGCACGGACCGGUGUUCACCGUGGGGGGCUACCGCCGUUGCCGAGCAUCCUGUCUCCCGUGCCGGGGUCUCUGCCGGCGAUCCCGCCGGGCUUCUUCUCCCCGCCGUCCGGCAGCGCAGGCGGCAUCAACCUGUUCGGCGAGCUGAUCAGCCCGGCAUUCCCUGGCGGCCACGGUGCAGCUCCUCCUCCAAUGUCGUCGUCGUUACAGUAUUUCCCAGCUGCAGCUGCGCCGUCGCCGUCCACGCCAUACUACUGGGAUCUCUUCAACAACCACCCAAACCACCUUUGAAUGCAUCUCCGUCUGCAGGGUUGACCAAAUUUGUAAGCCGUAUAUGUACACAUCUGGCAUUGAUGAGGUGUGAUAGGAGGAGCAAAGAAAUUGAGAGUGAGUUAGCUAUAGAUCGAUAGGCUAAGUCAGCUUGCUACUAGUACUGCUCACUAGUCGCAUGCUAGCAGCUGCAACAAAGCUUCAUCCAAGAUAGCUCACAUCUACUGUAAUGUAGUAGUAACAAUAUUUGUUUGCACCCCAAUUUGGAGGUGAUCGAGGAUAGGAUAGAUCAUAUAGACGGAAGAGACUUGAUCGGU